GUAAACGCCGGACAACUUAAUCCGGAUCAAAUCCGCGAAUUCGUUUGAAGAACCGAAUCACCCGGUUAUCGUUAAGCGAGCUACGAAGAGCGGGUCCCAGCGGUGUGGAUCCCGAGCUCGAACCGAGCUCGAGUCGUUCGCGUCCCAUCGCAAGCCCGCCAAACGUGGCUGGUACCCGUUGAACGGCGCUCGAAGGCGACGCAUCACUGAAGCCCUCGAACAUGCCACGACGUCGCUGAAAGCCUGCGCAGCCGGCGGCGGCUGUUGACGUUCUCGAGCGCGCUGGGAGAGAAGCGCGUCGUAGUUCGUGCGAUAACGCGACAUUCCUCAUGGAUUUAACGAUCUCCAGCGUGACUUCUGUAAGGACGCGCUCUCCCGCCGUGGGCACGCGCCGCGCACGUCUGUGUCUCGCUCGACGCGGGCGGCUUUUACGCGAGUGAGGACCCGAGGGCUGCCCGAGACGAGGGAAAAGUAGAUGCUAGCCGGCUAACCGAGGCUGUCACUCCGAAAGUGACGGUAAAAGUUCCCCGAAGAGAGACUUUAACAUCCCGCGAGGCUCAAACUCGCCGCUCCCGCGACUCUGGAUCAUCACCUCGCACAAAAGAGGAGGAAUGGCGUCGAGCGCUAGCCUGCGUCGGGUGACUCUGGGGGUCGAGGGCAUGACCUGCGUCUCCUGCGUCCAGUCCAUCGAGGGCCGGAUCGGGGCUCUGCCGGGUGUCAGUCACAUACAGGUGUCUCUGGAGUGGAGUAACGCAGCCGUGACGUAUGACCCCGCUCUCCAGAGUCCACAGUCCCUAGCAGAGGCCAUCGACGACAUGGGCUUCGAGUGCAGCCCGACGGAAAGCCAGGACUCCGAUCUCCGGCCGCCGAGCCGCCCGGCUCCUGAUGCGCAGGAAGGGCCGAGUUCUCGCUCCUCCUCCGGAGUAGAAGCGUUGAAGAUGCGCGUCGAAGGAAUGGUGUGCCUGUCCUGCACCACCACCAUAGAGGGCAAGAUAGGGAAGUUAAAAGGCGUCGAGAAGAUUAAAGUCUCUCUAGAAUCCCAGGAGGCCGCUGUGCUCUACCUGCCUUACGUCGUCACGGUGGAGGAGAUCGUCAAACAAAUAGAGGUGGCGGGUUUCAAGGCCGUGGUUAAGUCUAAACCUCGCCAGCUGAAGCUCUCAGCGAGUGAAGUCGAGCGUCUGCUCGGUGCUCCCAAACCGUCCUCCGCGGAGGAGAAGCUUUCAGAGGCGUCCGCGGGCUCCUGCGUCACUACAGCGCUUCGGGUGACGGGCAUGCGCUGCCAGUCCUGCGUGGGCAAUAUCCAGGACAAUAUAUCCCAGCUGCCUGGAGUGAGCUCGGUCGUCGUGUCCCUGGAGAACCGGCAGGCUUUGAUACGGCACGACCCCAAACGGACCUCGGCGGCCGAGCUGCAGAAGGCCAUCGAGGGCCUUCCUCCGGGGACCUUUAGAGCUUCGUCCCCAGAGCCAGGCUUCCUCCAGCCGCUGGUGUCGGUCGCUGAGAUCCACAUCGAGGGCAUGACCUGCGGCUCCUGCGUUCGCUCCAUCGAGGACACCAUCUCUCAGAAGAAAGGAGUGAGAUCGGCCCGAGUGUCGCUGGCCAGUCAUCAGGGAACCUUUGAGUAUGACCCUUUAGUGACGACCCCUGAGGAGCUGAGGACAGAGAUUGAGGACAUGGGCUUCGAUGCGUUUCUCCCUGAGACAAAUUCGUUGGUUCCCUCGGUGGUCAAAAGCCCAUCGCCGUCGGUCCGGAGCUCGUCCUUAUCUCCGGUCUGGUCAGCCGUGAAGGAGAACGAAGCGGAGAGCGACGCGGAGCCUCCAACCAACACCAUUUCCAAGUGUUUUAUCCAGAUCGGUGGCAUGACCUGCGCCUCCUGUGUGGCCAACAUUGAGAGGAACCUCAAGAACGAGCACGGAGUCCACUCAGUUUUGGUGGCUCUGAUGGCCAGUAAAGCCGAGGUUCGAUACAGCCCGUCGAUCAUCGAUCCUCAGAGAAUAGCAGAGUUUAUCCGAGAGCUCGGAUUCACGGCUUCGGUGAUGGAGAAUUACGACGGCUCCGAUGGGACCCUGGAGCUUGUGGUCCGAGGGAUGACAUGCGCCUCCUGCGUUCACAAAAUUGAGUCUAACCUGAUGAAGCAGAAGGGCAUCCUCUAUGCUUCCGUCGCCCUGGCAACCAAUAAAGCCCACGUCAAAUACGACCCGGAAGUGACCGGCCCGAGAGAUGUGAUCGGAUGGAUAGAGAACUUGGGAUUUACUGCCUCUCUGGUGAAGAAAGAUCGUCCCGGGAGUCACUUGGAUCACAGCCGUGAGAUCCAACAGUGGAAGCGCUCGUUUCUCAUCAGCUUGUUCUUCUGCGUGCCUGUCAUGGGCAUGAUGGUCUACAUGAUGAUCGUGGACCACCAGAUGGACACGUCCCACCACCACAACUUCACAGCCGAGGACCGAGAGAAGUACCACUCCACCAUGUUCCUGGAGAAGCAGCUCCUGCCGGGCCUCUCCAUCAUGAACCUGAUCUCCUUUCUCUUCUGUGUCCCCGUGCAGUUUAUCGGUGGGCGGUAUUUCUACUGUCAAGCCUAUAAAGCCGUCAAGCACAGGACGGCCAAUAUGGAUGUGCUGAUUGUUCUGGCCACGACGAUCGCCUUCACGUACUCCGUGGUGAUUCUUCUGGUUGCUAUGGUGGAGGCAGCCAAAGUCAACCCCGUCACCUUUUUUGAUACCCCGCCCAUGCUGUUUGUGUUCAUCUCGCUGGGCCGGUGGCUGGAGCAGAUAGCCAAGAGUAAGACCUCGGAGGCUCUGUCCAAGCUGAUGUCCUUACAGGCCACAGAAGCCACGGUCGUGACCCUGAGCGAGGACAUGUCUGUGCUGAGCGAGGAGCAGGUGGACGUGGAGCUGGUGCAGAGAGGAGAUGUGGUGAAGGUCGUGCCCGGGGGCAAGUUUCCCGUCGAUGGCCGCGUGAUCGAAGGACACUCGAUGGCGGACGAGUCUCUCAUUACAGGUGAAGCCAUGCCGGUCACUAAGAAGCCGGGGAGCAGCGUGAUCGCCGGCUCCAUCAAUCAGAACGGCUCUCUGCUGAUCAAAGCCACUCACGUGGGGACGGACACCACCCUCUCUCAGAUCGUCAAACUGGUGGAGGAGGCGCAGACUUCAAAGGCUCCCAUCCAGCAGUAUGCGGAUAAGAUCAGUGGCUUCUUCGUCCCGUUCAUCGUUGGGGUUUCCUUCCUGACUCUCAUAGCUUGGAUUCUGAUUGGAUUUGUGAACUUUCCUCUUGUGGAGAAGUACUUCCCUGGUUAUGAUAAGAGCAUCUCCGAGGCCGAGGCCGUCAUCCGCUUCGCCUUCCAGGCCUCCAUCACCGUCCUGUGCAUCGCCUGCCCCUGCUCUCUGGGCCUGGCCACCCCGACCGCGGUGAUGGUGGGAACCGGCGUGGGAGCCCAGAACGGGAUCCUCAUCAAGGGAGGCGAGCCGCUGGAGAUGGCUCACAAGAUCCAGUCUGUGGUGUUCGAUAAAACCGGCACCGUCACGUACGGAGCUCCUGAAGUGGUCCAGGUGAAGAUGCUGGCGGAGGGCAAUCGCGUGCCUCGGUCGAGGCUGCUGGCGAUCGUCGGCACCGCUGAAAAUAACAGCGAGCAUCCCCUGGGUGCUGCCAUCACCAAAUACUGCAAGCAGGAGCUGGGUACGGAGGCUCUCGGCGCCUGCACAGACUUCCAGGCCGUUCCAGGUUGUGGGAUCAGGUGUCUGGUCAGUAACACGGAAAACCUGCUGAAGAGAGACGACAGCGACGGCGAGGAGAACCAGCGCAAUGCUGUCCUGAUCCAGAUCGGCGACGCCAGAGCUCACGGCAACGAGCACCCGCUCAUCAUGGACCCGCAGCCGCUCGCCGUAGUCCAGACGGCCUCGUUCACGGUGCUGAUAGGAAACAGAGAGUGGAUGAGGAGGAACGCUCUUCAGGUGCCGGCGGAUGUGGAUGAAGCCAUGACGGAGCACGAGAAGAGAGGACGCACUGCGGUGCUGGUGGCUGUGGACGGUGAGCUCUGUGCGAUGGUGGCUAUAGCAGACACGGUGAAGCCUGAGGCCGAGCUGGCCGUCCACACGCUCACAGCGAUGGGUCUGGAGGUCGUGCUGAUGACCGGAGACAACAGCAAAACGGCUCGGGCCAUCGCUGCGCAGGUGGGCAUCAGGAAGGUGUUUGCCGAAGUCUUGCCGUCUCACAAGGUCGCUAAAGUGGAGCAGCUCCAGCAAGCGGGGAAACGCGUGGCAAUGGUGGGCGACGGGGUGAACGACUCGCCGGCGCUGGCCAUGGCGGACGUGGGCAUCGCUAUAGGCACGGGCACGGACGUAGCCAUCGAGGCGGCGGACGUGGUGCUCAUCAGGAAUGAUCUUCUUGACGUGGUUGGGAGCAUCGAUCUCUCUAAGAAGACGGUGAAAAGAAUCAGAAUCAACUUUAUAUUUGCACUCAUCUACAACCUUGUGGGGAUUCCCAUUGCUGCGGGUGUGUUUAUGCCGGUGGGUUUAGUGCUUCAGCCCUGGAUGGGCUCUGCUGCGAUGGCGGCCUCCUCCGUGUCUGUAGUUCUGUCCUCCCUCCUGCUCAAAUGCUACAGCAAACCCAGCGCCGAGAAGCUGGAGAGACGCCUGGGCGAGGUCAGGAGACACGGCAGCCUGUCGGACGUCAGCGUUCACAUCGGCAUGGGAGACCUGCGGCGGCCCUCGCCCAAACUCAGCCUGCUGGACCGCUUCAUCAACUACAGCCGGGCCUCCAUCAACUCGCUGCGCUCCGACAAGCACUCGAUGAACAGCAUGGCCCUCAGCGAGCCCGACAAGCACUCUCUGCUGGUGGGGGACGCUCACUGCGACGAGGAGGUGGUCUGAGCUUCAUCGCGUAUCACUACAGGCUUACAGAGGCUCCGUUUACAUUGCGAGCGUUCUCGCCGGCCAAUUUAAAGGGGCAGCGCACCCUAAAAUGACGAUUCCGUCACACUCAAGUUCAGCCACAAAGAAAGAAGCUGUUUUGAGUACCGUUAUGCUGUGAAACCAGAAAUGGGUUGGUUAUCUGGGCUUGAAGGCGAAUAAACGGCAGGGGUGUUAUUUUCGGGUGCACUGUCUCUUUAAGAAUGACAAUCCAGGUAAGGAAAAUCGCCUAGAAAAAAAAAUAUAUAUAUAUAUAUUUUUUGUGAAAACAGCAAUUUAAAAGUGAUUUUACUGUGUUUUACGAUCACGAUUAAGUGAAUAUUUAUUACACCUUUUAUUUAUAGUAUAUUAUACGUAUACUUUUGUCGUGGGACAUGAAGGAAUGUGAACAAAUGAACUCUACGUUUUCAUAUUUCAUAAAGUGCUGAAUGCAGUACAUUCCAAAGAAGGCUUUUAAGCGUCUUUUAAGCGUCUCCGUAUUCAUUUUAUUGUUCACGUGAGCUGCCUUUUGCCGUUUUUAAAUGUGCAUUAGCUCGUUAACUCUAAGCUUUUAAGAGCGAUUUAGUUUUUUGGGGUUUUUAAUUUUUGUGUGUGUGUGUGCGUGUGUGUGCACACAUUUAUAUUCAGCCGUUUGUGCAUUAAUGCCCUUAAGAGAUGCAUAAAUAUUCAGCGUGUCACAGCAUGACCUGAAUCAGGUUACUGACUAAUACAUUCUAAGCUUUUACUUUAAAAAUGACUAUCCAAAAUGUGUAUUAAAAAAGAAAAAUUGUUACUGUAUUAUUUAAGGUCAGUUGAGCGACGCUGUCUUCGAACGAAACGAGUGCACUCGCUAGUAAGUAAUGACUAGUUGCUUGCUUUUGCCAAAUGUGUUGAAAGCGGAGUGACGGCGUAAAACCUCCUGAACUUGUGAUUUAAUCACUUGAUUGUUUGGCUAAAUGUGGUCCGGGACGAUUCUUGUUGUAGUUUUGCAUCUUAUUCUUUCAAUAAACAGACAGUUUUCAGUAA